AGUUGAACUGCACAACAGGUACGACUCUCUACAAAUGCUCAUAAAUACGCGGCGCGGCUUCUAUCUUUAGGUUAGGUUAGGUAGGUAUUCAAUUCCUAUUAAAAAAUUAGUAAAGCAAAUUUGGAUCUCGCUAUAAUUCUUAAAAAUCACAACAGGCAACAAGCAAAACAGUUACAAACGGAUCAGAAACAAACCUAACAUUCUCAUAUCUCAUAUUCGACUCGAUCAAAUGUGUAUUGUAAAAAGCAAUAAAUAAUUCGUGAAUCCUUGUUGGUCGAUUAUCAGUUUUGCUCAGAAUGCCCUUGUUCUUAUCCUUGGUUCUAGUGUACCUAAAAAGGUUCUAUUCACAAUUCAUAAAACUGUUACUACAUUCUCUUAACAACUUUACCCUUACUACAUUAAUUACAUUUCUACAGAAGUCUAUUACAACCUCACAGCCGUCAACAUGACUGGAUCCCACAGCUGGUUUUCACGCAAAGCACCUAGAAGAAAAUCUACCCGUAGUGUCAAAGCAUCCCAUGGCAACUUACAAGCAGACACGGUUAUUAGUGGCCGUAUUACCAAACAAGUCUCUAAUAAAGGGAAAUCUUACGAAAGCCCUGUCAAGAUCAAAUAUGAAGAUGAAGAAGUUGAAGCUCUUGCCACAGGCGCUCAAUCAAGCCAGGUAGUCGAAGAAAACGAGGAUAUUGGUGAGGAUGACGUUCUGGACACCAUCGAGGAAAGUAAUGACAACGAAGGAGGCGGCGAAGGAUUCAGCGAAGGCAGCAUAGAGGAUGAGAUCAUAGUCCGUACUACCAGCCCUCUAAGUAGUACUACACGGGAAACGACAGAAACGAAUGAGUCGCUGAGCGGCAAGUCCCGUCAAAGCAAUCCGGUUGAGUCUUCUGCCAGCAAAGAAACAAUUCAGGGCCGCGAUACAAAAGAAGGAUGGCGUUUUGAACAAGUUUUCCUCAACCAGGUCUUAAAAGCGCGAGAUGAAUACACCCUAAUGCCGACCACCUGGAGGAUGCAUUUUCGAGGAGUUCCUUUGCCCGAUGGCUUGUUCUACAUCAAGACUCACGCCGUCAGUGCCCGGCCAAGGAUAUACGCCCGCACGGAUAAACUUGAAUAUCAAGGUGCUACUGCGCUUCGCAAACUGAUGGAUAUUCAUGGACGAGUCCGCGAUCUCCGUAGGGAGCAACGGUCUAACCAGGACGAAGAACAUAAGCGUCGAUGCGGACGCAGACUUGUCGACCAUAUUAAACAGGCGCUAACGCAGGCUUUGCGGUGGUCUGCGACUGACGGAAAUAUAAGAAAAUAUCGCCGUGACUUCGAGCCUAACAUCGUGAUCUUAGAGAUGAAUGACGAAAACAAGUCGGACAUGGACGUAGUCAUCGAAACCGAAAUAACGAAGCUAUCCGCAUGGUGGCGUGAUAAGCUCGCUCUCGUACCUGGAGAGUCACGUCCAGAAGCACCAGUACUCUUUGGUUUCGUAAUAUUCAAGCAUAUCGUGUUUAUCGUCACAAUGGACGCCCAAAACCCGAAUGCUGUCUGCCACGUCCCGUGCCAACUAAACCUGUCAGAAGAGAACCAAUACCAAUGGAACGCCUUGGCAAUUAUGGCCACUAUCUGCUGGGCCAGAGACCUCUACAUAAGUAUGAUGGACCGACUACUAGUAGGUGUGGAUUACGACGAAGGUAGGCACUCGAGCGAUCCAGAUGCUUAACAGGUCCGAGACAAAGGUAUAGAAAUAAGGAAGAACUUGCGGCUGUGUGUUAGCCAGGUCUAAAAAGUGAUAUAAUGAUAAAAUGCUUGGAAGGGUAGCAUGUCGAGGUUUGAUGAUGACAUACAAGAGAUAACGAGGAAUGGCAUGAUGUCUGCAUAUGUUCAACUACGAAGCAAUGAAAGCUAUUUAGGUCGGAAUUUGCAUUUGAACUUUGCUUUGCUAAGUUAGGUAGAUACCUUGCAUGCUGCUUAGAAAUCAACUAUAAGUGUUGUUUAUAUAUCAGCUAAAAAUAAUAAACUCUACCUUAGGUACCUUAGGUACUCAUGCUGGUUUGCCAGAUACUUCAAG